GCCUGCCGGCCGCGCGCCGGACGGAAGCUGCUCCAUCCCCAAAUCAGCCCCAGCAGGUCCGGGUCCCGCUCAGCUCCAGCACCACACUCCAUCACGCGCAUUCCUGCUCAGGCACGGAGGCCUGGGGGCGGAUGCGGCGGCUCAGGGCGGAGUGAGGGCGCGUGGGGAUGCGGACCAAUGGGAAGUGGUCAGGGAGCGUCCCGCUCACACCGCCGGGCUGCAGCCGCGCGCGCUGACCGGGGAACACGCACGGACCGCGGUCCACGGGCUUGAUUUAGUCCCGGUGGCUCCACUGAGGGGGGGCGACUUCUGGAGAGAGCCGGCUUCCAGAGGGGGUGAUGGCGGACGCGGUGAGGGCGCUGCCCUUCUUCUACGGAAACAUCACCCGGGAGGAGGCGGAGGACUACCUGCGGCAGGCGGGCAAAGCCAGCGGCCUGUACCUGCUGCGCCAGAGCCGCAACUACCUGGGGGGCUUCGCCCUCUCCCUGUCCAGCUCAGGGCGCUACUACCAUUACACCAUUGAGAGACAGCAGGAUGAGACCUAUGCCAUUGCGGGGGGGAAGAGCCACCGGAGCCCCAUGGACGUGAUCGACUACCACUCCCAGGAGCCGGACGGCCUGGUGUGCCUGCUGAAGAAGCCCUGCAACAGGCCCAAGAACAUGCAGCCCAAGGUGGGGGCGUACGAGGACUUCAAGGAGAAACUCAUCCGGGAGUACGUGAUGCAGACCUGGAAGCUGCAGGGCCCCGCCCUGGAGCAGGCCAUCAUCAGCCAGAGGCCUCAGCUGGAGAAGCGCAUUGCCACCACCGCUCAUGAGAGGAUGCCCUGGUUCCACGGGGGCAUAACCCGGGAAGACUCCGAGCCCAGGCUUCAGAACGGAUCACGCACCAAUGGAAAAUUCCUGAUUCGGCAGAGAGACCAGAGCGGGUCCUACGCGCUCUGCCUACUCCACGAGGGCCAGGUGAUGCACUACCGCAUCGACAGGGACCGCAGCGGCAAGCUGUCCAUCCCCGACGGCAAGAAGUUCGACACCCUGUGGCAGCUGGUGGAGCACUACUCAUACAAACCUGACGGCCUGCUGCGAGUACUCACAGAACCCUGUCCCAGACCGGAUGGAGCCAUGGGUCUAGCAGGACAUGGCCACCAUGGGCUGGUUGCUAGCAUUCAAACUGCAGCAGAUGGACUUCUCCCCAAAAUCGCUGCCAUGCUUGGCUUUGAAAAGAACCCCAAAACUCCACCCAACGACCACAGUGAAAACCUCAAUCCAUAUGAAACCGGGGUGAGCAAAGAGGCCAUGCCCAUGGACACAGAGGUGUACGAGAGUCCCUACGCAGACCCCGACGAGCUGAGGAGCUCCACCGUGGAUCGGAACCACCUGCUCUUGGAGGAUGGAGAACUGGGCUCCGGAAACUUUGGGACUGUCAUUAAAGGCACUUACAAGAUGAGAAAAACAGAGAAAACGGUGGCAGUCAAAAUCCUGAAGAACGAUGACAACAACCAGUCGGUGCGUGACGAGAUGCUGCGAGAGGCCAACGUCAUGCAGCAGCUGGACAACCCCUACAUCGUCCGGAUGAUCGGCAUCUGCGAGGCCGAGAACCUCAUGCUGGUCAUGGAGCUGGCUGAGCUGGGCCCCCUCAACAAGUUCCUCCAGAAAAACAAGCAAACAUCCAUCAAGAACAUCACAGAGCUGGUCCACCAGGUGUCCAUGGGGAUGAAGUACCUGGAGGAGCACAACUUUGUCCACAGAGACCUGGCAGCCAGGAACGUGCUGCUGGUCACCCAGCACUAUGCAAAGAUCAGUGACUUCGGCCUGUCCAAAGCGGUGGCCGAGGAGCACAACUACUACAAGGCCAAGGGCCACGGGAAGUGGCCGGUGAAGUGGUAUGCUCCUGAAUGUAUAAACUACUUCAAGUUUUCAUGCAAAAGCGACGUGUGGAGCUUCGGAGUGCUGAUGUGGGAGGCCUAUUCCUACGGCCAGAAACCCUACAAGGGGAUGAAGGGAAACGACGUGAUGCAGAUGAUUGAGAGCGGCCAGCGGAUGGACCCCCCAGCAAACUGUCCUCCGGAGAUGGCUGAGCUCAUGAGGACCUGCUGGACCUACAAGGUAGACGAACGUCCCGGCUUCAGCGUUGUUGAACCAAGGCUGCGCGAGUAUUACUACGACAUUGCACAAUGAUUCUUCACAGUGAUGCUUUGAGGCUAUGCAGACUUUUUGUUGUUGAGUUUCAUUAUUGCACGUGAAUGGCUUAUGAAUUAGCAAUAUAAAGACGCUCAAAUAUUCAGUAUUGCCGGAGGCAGAGCAGCCACGCCAAAUAAAAAGGAUGGGUUAGGGUUAAGGUUAGGGGUAAGGGGUUAGGGUUAGGGGUUAGACAUAGGGUUAGGGGUUAGGGGAUAGGGAUCAGGUUAGGAGUUAAGGAUAGGGUUAGGGGUUAGGGGAUAGGGUUAGGGGUUAGGGGAUAGCGAUAAGGUUAGGGGUUAAGGAUAGGGUUAGGGGUUAGGGGAUAGGG